AUGUCCAGGUCCGUGACUCCCGCUCGGCGCCUGCAGCUGUCCCGGGGUCACCGGUCACCGGCCGGGCCGCCGCCCGCGGUUACACUGAGGCCGUGGAGGCGCUCCGCCCAUUGGAAGAAAGCGGAGGUGACGUCAGGAGCGGAAGCUGCGUUGCCAGGGAGCACGUUGCCCCGGUACCGAGAGAGCGGCCCGGACCUCAGGCCCGAUUCUUGGCCGCGGCCCCCGGACCCUCCGCCCCCGGAUCCGGCCAUGGCCGUCCGCGCUUCCUUUGAGAACAACAACGAGAUCGGCUGCUUCGCCAAGUUGACCAACGCCUACUGCCUGGUGGCGAUCGGCGGCUCCGAAAACUUCUACGGUGUCUUUGAAGGGGAGUUAUCGGAAACGAUUCCCGUGGUGCACGCUUCCAUCGCCGGAUGCAGAAUCAUUGGAAGAAUGUGUGUUGGUAACCGGCAUGGAUUAUUGGUCCCUAAUAACACAACCGAUCAGGAGCUGCAACAUAUACGCAAUUGUCUCCCGGACUCUGUGGCUAUUCAAAGAGUUGAGGAACGCCUUUCUGCACUCGGCAAUGUUAUUGCCUGCAAUGACUACGUGGCCUUGGUGCACCCAGACCUCGACAGGGAGACAGAGGAGAUCUUGGCAGAUGUGCUGAAGGUGGAGGUGUUCCGGCAGACUGUGGCACAGCAGGCUCUGGUCGGCAGUUACUGUGCUUUCAGUAACCAGGGAGGGUUGGUUCACCCCAAGACUUCCAUCGAAGACCAAGACGAGCUGUCCUCACUACUGCAGAUUCCACUGGUGGCAGGAACCGUGAACCGUGGCAGUGAGGUGAUUGGUGGAGGCAUGGUGGUGAAUGAUUGGUGUGCUUUCUGCGGGCUCGAUACCACCAGCACAGAGCUGUCUGUCAUCGAGAGCGUUUUUAGAUUAAACGAAGCGCAGCCAAGUGCAAUUGCAACCAGUAUGAGAGAUUCACUGAUAGAAAGCCUGACAUAGAUGAGUAGAUAUCGAAGAGCUUUGGGAGAGUGAGCUGCUCCAUCAGUAGUCUGUACAGCACAGGAAAACCAGCCAGGCCUGGGGCAGAAGGACACCGGUUCUGCAUUGUUUCACACCCCUCCUAUUUUGCAGCUAAAUACCAUGAAAAAUAUAAAUGUAAAAUACAAGAUUGUUGAAUGCUCAAUGCUAAUUAAAUGAUCAGUUUCUUA